UUUGAAAGAAAUGUUUCCUGAUCUGUCAUGGACAAAAAAAUAUUUUCCUAAUUCUGAGCAGAUGGACAAUUUUAUGCAGUCUAUAAAAGAUAAGAGGAAAUCUCUCUCUCUUCCAGAAAAGGGAUGGAUGAAAAACAAAGUUGAAAACAUGAAGAAGAAGCAAGAAGAAUGGCUCAGUAAGAAGACCAAAAUGGAUCUCUCUUCUGUUCUUACUGAGGGUAUACCACAAAUGCAAACAGGUGCUUUCCACCUAAUGGACUCGCCAGUGCCAGAUUCGUCCACUAAGAAGGAGUCCUACCUUUGCUUGGAAUGAGUGAUAAAAGUGGUGGUGUAGAUGACAAGAAACAGACUAAGGACCAACAGAAAAGACUAGAGGAAACUCGAGACGAGAUGAUCCAGAUACAGAUUCGCUACCAAAAAGAAAUUGACAGAUUAGAGAAGGAAAAUAAAGACCUGAAGAAAAAUCUACUGCUGAAGGAAAGCAAAGGUGGACGAAAGAGAGUGAUGAAGAAGUCCCUGAUAGAUAUGUAUUCUGAAGUACUGGACGAGUUGGCCGUUUAUGACUCAAGCUACAACACACAGGAUAACCUUCCUAGGGUGGUUGUCGUUGGCGACCAGAGCUCCGGUAAAACCAGUGUGCUAGAGAUGAUUGCAAGGGCUAGGAUAUUUCCAAGGGGUUCUGGGGAGAUGAUGACAAGGUCACCAGUAAAGGUCACACUCAGCGAAGGUCCUUAUCAUAUAGCACAGUUCAAGGACAGCACCAGGGAGUUUGACCUCACCAAAGAGUCUGAGUUAGCAGCUCUCAGGAAAGAAGUGGAGCUAAGGAUGAAGGCGAGCGUACAAGAGGGACAAACAGUCAGUCCAGAGUGUAUAGCUAUGACGGUGAAGGGACCCACUCUCCCGAGAAUGGUACUUGUGGAUCUACCGGGUAUUAUUUCUACUGUAACAAAUCAGAUGGCACCUGACACUAAGGAUUCUAUCAGACAUCUAGUCAGAAGUUACAUGGAGAACCCCAAUUCCAUUGUUCUCUGUAUUCAAGAUGGUUCCUUAGAUGCGGAGAGAAGUAAUGUGACAGACCUGGUCAGUCAGAUGGACCCUACUGGCCGAAGGACCAUAUUUGUGCUGACCAAAGUCGAUUUGGCAGAGAGUAACCUAUAUAACCCUGAUCGUAUCAAAUCCAUUUUAGAAGGCCGACUUUUCCCAAUGAAAGCCUUAGGGUACUUUGCAGUAGUUACUGGGCGAGGUAACCAGAACGACAGCAUACAGACAAUCAAGGACUAUGAGGAGACGUUUUUUAGAAACUCCAGAUUGUUCAAGGAGGGUGUGUUAAAACCAACUCAGAUGAACACACAGAACAUGAGUAUGGCUGUAUCGGAACUCUUCUGGAAAAUGGUGAAGGAAUCAGUGGAGCAACAAGCGGAUGCCUUCAAAGCUACAAGAUUCAACCUUGAAACUGAAUGGAAAAAUACAUUCCCUCGUAUUAGGGAGCUUGACCGGGAUGAACUGUUUGAUAAAGCACGAGGUGAAAUCCUGGAUGAAAUCAUCAACCUUAGUCAAGUCACUCCGAAGGAAUGGGAGGAUGCUUUCACUCAGCGUCUGUGGGAUAAGGCAUCAACACACUUCUUUGAGAAUAUCUAUCUUCCUGCUGCUCAAUCACAAAACUCGGGUACAUUCAAUACAACUGUUGAUAUUCGACUCAAACAAUGGGCAGACGCAGUAUUACCACGCAAAUGUGUAGAGGUGGGGUGGGACACGUUGCAUGACGAGUUCCUAAAGUUUGUGGAACGGGACAAGAAAAGUAAAUCCCACGAAGAGCUUUUUGACAAACUGAAGCAGACAGUGAUUGAGACAAGCAAGUCUAAACACAUGUGGGAUAGCAAGGCAGAAGACAGUCUGCGUGUGAUCCAGGUAAACACCUUGGAGGACAGGUCUGUCUCUGAUAAACAACAUUGGGACAAUGCUAUACGCUUCAUGGAGGAGUCCAUACGCUCUCGCCUUGAUCAGACGGAAGCUCGACUCAAAGAGAUGACCGGUCCAGGGACUCGGGAACAGUGGCUGCAUUGGAAACACCGUACUACUGAUCACAAAAAUCGAGUUGCUACCAAGGACGAGCUGCAGAAAAUUCUUGCUUCAGACAAGACUCAUAAAUCUGUGAUAGCCCCUGAUGAGUUGACCACUGUGAGGAGGAAUCUCCAGACACAAGGAGUAGAUGUGGACAAUGAAUUUAUUAAGGAGACGUGGUACCAUGUAUACAGGGAAUCCUUUAUGAGGAAAGCAUUAUCUCAAGCCCAGGACUGUCGCAAGGGGUUCUACUAUUACCAGAAGGGCUUCCAGGAUACAGGGCUGGAGUGCCAUGACGUAGUACUGUUCUGGAGACUACAAAGAAUGCUACAGGUCACUAGUAAUGCUCUACGCCAACAGGUCAUGAACAAUGAAGCUCGUCGACUGGAGCGGAUCAUAAAGGACGUCCUUGAAGACUUUGUGGACAACAAGGAAGUUUUGAGCAAGUUGUUGACCGGACGCCGUGUCCAGCUGGCUGAGGAACUGAAAAAAGUAAGACAGAUUCAAGAAAAAUUAGAAGAAUUUAUCAAUGCUCUCAACAAGGAGAAAUGACGAAACACUACGCUGUAAUUAGACGGUUAUCUCGACUGUGUUGUGAACUUGGCACAUUGUGAUUGGUCUACUUGGUGCAGAUCCUGAACGCAAGAUUACAUGGAUGUUGUGACAGUUUCCUUUAAAUAUCUAUGUCAUGCCAUCAACAGAUUCCAGAUACUUGUAGCUUUUGUGAAUGUGUAUGGAAUGGGUCGCUGUCUAUAUGUGCUGCUGGCAACAAUUUUAUUUAUUGAUGGACAAACGUCUUAGGUAUUAUGACCGAUAGCCAGUAAUUUUGCAUAAUAUGAUAAAAUAUUAUGCUAAGUAUCAGUAAAACUUUUUAUGUUUAAUAAUAUACUUAUUAUACUUAAGAUUUAAUGAUUUAUAGCCUAAAACUAUCAAGGAGAGGGACAGAAACAGAUCUAUCAAAAAAUAUCCCUCUGUCUGUAUCAAAUAUUAGAUUUAUUUAAUACAUAAUUAUCUUUUCUGUACCCGUUUACCUGAUCGGAGUAUUUACUACAACUAUAUCCCAUUCUAAGUCAAUGCUGCCCUCAGAUCUCUUAUCAAAAAUCGUGUAGCGAAUGAUGUUCAUUAAAAUUUAUAUAUUUCAAUUCAAUUUUACUUUUAGUCAACAGUCAUUAAUAAUACCUAUGAAUAUGCUAUUGUAUCAAAUCUAUGGUAUACAAUUUGUUCAUUUUAAUUUUUUUAAUUUAAUGAAAACUUAAUGCAAUGUGUGUUGAGCUUAAAUUUAUGUUAGGAAUGGUUCAUUUAAAUGGAAACACCUAUUCUAGCCUACCUGUAAAAUGUGCUACAACAGCAGAAUUCUUAAGACUUCUACAGAGGUUUAAAACUUUGCUCAUUCCUGUGUUUGGGCUAUAAAUAAUUAUGGCAUUGCGGUCUAUCAGAGAAAAUGAGUUGAAUUUCUUCACCAUUUGUGUCCAUGUGUACUAUGUGUGACAUCAGAAGAUGGAUCAAUACUCGGUCAUUGUUCUUGUUAGAUUAAGGUACUUUAUAUUCUAAGUCAUUUUAGUUACAGAAUUUUAACUUUGUUGCUUAUAUUUUGUUAUUCUGGUUAAAUUUAUAUUCAUUAUAAUUUCUCCAUUUAUUGAUACUAAUUAAAAAUUAUGUUACAUUCACCAUUUAUACUAAUCUAGGAGAAGAAAUUAAAUUCAUAUUCAAUGAUAGCAUUUU